GCAGUACUGUCACUGUGACCACUCAAAAUACAAGCUUCGCUUUGUUUGUAAAGCAGGACAACAGGGAAAGUACUUAUACUGCACUUAUUCUCAUAACAUGUCCCAGCCUCUAUCUACGCCCCCUUCUCCAACUCGACAGCGACGCAAAUCAAUACCUCGUCCCCCCUUCUCUCCUCUUCGCCCGACAACACCUCCCGCCAGUACUCCCACCGGAACCAAUGCUCGUCGUUCGUCAGGUGUCGCUGGCCAAACACCAAGCUUUAAUGCUCCUCCUACCCCACCGAAAAGCCGUGCUAGGGAUCUACUAAGAAGACAUUAUGGACUUGGGAUUGGUCUUCCACCUCCAACAGGAAAACCGAAUGACCCUAUGGAUCUAGACUCGCCAGCUUUUGAAGCACGAUCCUACUAUGACCAGCUUAUAACGACAUCGUCCCUGAUCACUUUACUGAAGCGCGAGAACGAGCUUAUAACAGAGAUCCGUCAACUAGACAGUGAAAGACAAUCACUGGUGUAUAACCACCACCACGAGUUAAUAGCGGCCAGCGAUACGAUAGCAGCUAUGAAGACUCAAGCUGAGAGUUUAGAUGCUGACCUGGAUGCUCUGAAGGCUGCUUUCUCUGAGAUUUCUCGUUUAGGUGCUGAAGUUUCCCUGGAACAAGGCUUUCCGUCAAAUGGUGACAACUACGCCGAACAUAGUGGAUCGUGAAAUUGGUGGGAAGGUCUUCAAAUGCGUUCUUUGACUCUGCUACUUAAAUCGAUUGUUCAGCAUGGUUCCACUCGGCCCAAGUUGCUCGAUGAUCUGGAAACCGUUCGCACAAUCUUGAUUUUUUUAUCACCCUCGGAAGGCUUGGAUGGUCAUUGCCGUGUGUCAAGUUUUUAUAUAUUGGUAUCGAUAAGUACAGAACCGACGAGUAUCCAGCUAGAAGGUGUCUAAAAUACUAAUAACAUUAAUAACGGUACCGAUUUCUAUGUCAGUUCUUGUCUCAAAGUCUUGGGACAU